AUGGUUAAUGAUACAGGUCUAUUCGAUUUGUCCGUUUCAGCCGAAUAUCUCAGUAAGGAAAUCAUCAAUUGCCUUGUUCUAGCAGAAGAAGGGCUACAUGCUGUGGUGUUAGUUUUAUCUGUGAGAACUCGAAUAACACAAGAGGAGGAGUCCACACUUAACACACUACAGGUCCUUUUUGGGAGUAAAAUCAUUGACUACUUAGUCGUUCUAUUCACUGGCGGUGAUGAGUUGGAAGCAACCAAUAAAACACUGGAUGAUUAUCUGUCCAGAGGUUGCCCUGAAUUUCUCAAGACAGUUCUUAGGCUGUGUGGUGGAAGAAGGGUUCUGUUUGAUAACAGAACAAAGGAUGAAUGCAAGAAGGUCAAACAAGUAAAGGAUCUUCUCGCUCAUGUCACAGCCAUCGAGAGGAGCAAUGGUGGGAAUCCGUUUACGGACGAGAUGCACCGUAAGAUAAAGAAAGAGGCGGACAUGCUGAGGGAGCAGCAAAAGGAGGUUGAGUCUAAGAACCUUGCAGAUGCAGAGAGAGAACGGUUGAAGAACCAGUUAAAAACGGAACACGACCAAAUUAUGAACAGUAUGGCGGUGAUGGUAGAGAAUAGGCUAAAAGAGGCUUCUGAAAAACAGGAGAAACUGAUGCUUGCGUUGAGAGAGAAUUUGGAGACAUCACGAAGAGAAAAUGAAACUCGGGAGAAUGAACCUGGUCAUGGAAGGCGGCCGAUGAUACAGGUUGGCGUCUCACUUCCAGGGAUGCCCCCAUGCAACAUGCUGUGA